UUACCAUUUUCUUAGUGGAUCAAGUCAGAGACACCCGACGAUUUUAUGGCAACAACAAAAAGAGAAAGCGCUUUGGGGAAAGAGAGGAGGGGCAGUUCCCCUUCAAAGUCUUCCAUCGCCCAUGGCCAUAGAAGAUCCUCUCCAGGUUCCACCCAAAAACAAGUACCAAACUAUCUCAAGCCUACAUUAAGCUCACGCAGUGAUGCUAUCAAGAAUGUAAAAAAACCUGGACCGGAAGACACCUCCCAAAGACCUGAUCUUCUCAGAAGAAGAUCUUUUGAUAGGCCUCCAUCAGCUGCUCGAGUCCAUAAGGCACUUAUCUCUCCAGGUCGAGAUAAACCAACAACAUCCCGGUCUGUUUCUUUUGCCUCUAAAUCCACUACUUCACCUAAGGCAACUUUGGAAAGGGUUCUCAAAAAGCCAAAUGCAGGAAAACCACAGACGUUGUCUUCGUCUAGGAGCAUGAACAAGACCACUGGUUCCACCACUAAGAAGGGAAGCACUUCUUCAGCUUCAAAGAAAACUCCUAGUAGUCAUGAUAAAAAAGAAGUGCAGAAUCUUGAAACCAAACAUGAAAAUGAAGAAACUUUGGAUCAUCAAGUUGAGGAGGUUGUGAAAGAUUAUCCGGGUGAGAUAGAUUAUUUCGAAAUACCAAAAGCUGAAGAAAAUGAACAUCCGGAUGUUGUAAGUACAACUGAAGUCAACAGUGUUGAAGAAGGAAAAGUUACCCAUGAUGAUAUUUCUACAGUUUCUCAAGAACACAAUGUGCCUCAGACAGAAGAAAUGGAAGAUAAGGUUCAUGAAGAAAAAUCUGAUCAUACUCAACAUGAUGAAUAUAAGGAGAAUGACAGCAAAGAGGAGAUCAGUGUUGAUCAUUAUCACCAGGAAGAGAUUCCUCAUGAGGAGGCUAAACCAGAAACUGAAGAUGAAGCAGAAGAUAAUGAAACUGACGAGGUAACUGCUACUAAGGAAAUUGGAGAAGAAAAGCAACUUGAGAGCAGGGAGGAGAACGGUGAAGAGAGCCAGCAGGGGCUUGAAUUAUGUAAAGAAGAAACAAUUGAAGAGGAGGUUGAAGAAUCAAAGCCAGAGGCAGAGAAUGUGGUAGCCAAAAGCGAAGUACAAGCAGAGAAUCGGAAGAAGGAAUCUCCAACACCGUACAAUGAUGUGAUUGAGGAGACAGCCAGUAAGCUACUUGAGGAGAGGAAGAACAAGGUGAGAGCACUGGUUGGGGCAUUUGAGACUGUCAUAGAUAAAGAAACUUCUAACGCCAAAUGA